AGAAGAGGGAUGAUAUUGAAAGCAGUUGUGCUGCUGGCCUGCAUUCUGGGCAUCAGCACGUUCCCUGUGGAAGACCCUGAAGAUGGAGGCAAGCACUGGGUGGUGAUUGUUGCAGGUUCGAACGGCUGGUACAACUAUCGACACCAGGCAGAUGUGUGCCAUGCAUACCAGAUUGUACACCGAAAUGGAAUUCCAGAUGAACAGAUCAUUGUCAUGAUGUAUGAUGACAUCGCUGAUAAUGAAGAAAAUCCAACAAAAGGCAUUGUCAUCAACAGACCUAAUGGCACAGAUGUGUAUGCUGGAGUGCCCAAAGACUAUACAAAGGAGGAUGUCACUCCAAAGAAUUUCCUUGCUGUUCUCAGAGGAGAUGCAAAAGCAGUGAAGGGGGUGGGAUCAGGAAAAGUAUUGAAAAGUGGUCCCAAGGAUCACGUGUUUGUUUAUUUCACUGACCAUGGAGCUCCAGGACUUCUGGCUUUUCCUGAUGAUGAUGUAAGCAUUUGGGGGCACUACUUUGUUAUAAACCAUCCUUUUAGUGAUACACUAAAAUAG